UUCGGUGCCAAACAUGAGAAUUAAAGAAAGAGCAACAGAUUUGUGCUUGUAGAACGAAAAGAUGACGUUUUACAGUCGACAUAUGCUAGAAUAUACUUUAAUUUAUAUCUGUUGUAUAUGAAGAAUGAAGUGGAUUAUCUGUAGAAACAUUGAUCCUUACAAUAAAUCGUGAGGUAAUUGUGUUUGUAAAUAUUAUUUCUUCCUCUUUGCGGUUGCAGCGUCUAUAUAAUUCAAAAUGAAGUUAGUUUCAAAAAAUGUCGAUAAGGAUGGGGCAGGGAAUGUUUCUCUUAUCCCUGAAAAUCCUGAGGAUAUGUGGCAUGCCUAUAAUCUUAUUAGCGAAGGAGAUUGUGUUAGCUGUUCUACUAUUAGGAAAGUGCAAACUGAAUCUUCAACAGGAAGUUCUAACAGCUACAGAGUGAGAACUACCCUUACAAUUUCUGUAGAAAAUAUUGACUUUGACACUCAAGCCUGUGUACUAAGACUUAAAGGAAGAAAUAUAGAGGAAAAUAAAUAUGUUAAGAUGGGGGCCUAUCACACAUUGGAUGUCGAACAAAAUCGUAAAUUUAUUCUUGUGAAACCUAAAUGGGAUACUAUAGCUUUGGAACGCGUUGAUAUGGCUUGUGACGUUUCUCAGAGUGCCGACGUAGCUGCGGUAGUGAUGCAGGAAGGAAUAGCACAUAUAUGUUUAAUAACUUCGAAUAUGACAAUAGUACGUGCUAAAAUAGAUCAGAUUAUUCCUCGAAAGAGGAAAGGUAACGUUUCUCAGCAUGAAAAGGGUUUGAGCCGAUUCUAUGAAAGUCUCAUGCAAGGUAUAUUACGCCACAUAAAUUUCGAUGUGGUUAAAUGUGUCCUCAUAGCAAGCCCUGGCUUCGUUAAGGAUCAAUUUAUGACGUACAUGAUUCAGCAAGCUGUACAGUCCGAUAACAAAAUUAUUCUAGAAAAUAGAAGUAAAUUUAUGCUGGUGCACGCAAGCUCAGGCUUUAAACAUUCGUUAAGAGAAGUUUUUGCGGAUCCAGUGGUUGUGUCACGGAUAUCAGAUACUAAAGCAGCUGGUGAGGUCAGAGCUUUGGAGGCUUUUUAUGCUAUGUUACAAUCUGAUCCCGCCAGAGCUUUCUAUGGCAAGAGACAUGUGGAAAAAGCUAACGAAGCACAAGCUGUAGAAACUUUACUCAUAUCAGACAAACUGUUUCGAUGUCAAGACGUUGCUUUGCGCAAGGAAUACGUUAGCCUAGUGGAAGGUGUCAGGGACUCGGGUGGUGAAGUUAAGAUAUUCUCGAGUAUGCACGUAUCAGGGGAACAAUUGGAUCAACUCACUGGGGUAGCAGCUCUUCUGCGGUUUCCUAUGCCAGAACUGGAGGACGAGAGCGAUGGUAGUCAAUCAGAUUCGGAGCAGGAGGAUUAAAUGAACUCUUGAUGAUCCAGGGAAUUGCAAUCACAUAUUGUUGUGCUGUGCGCAAUCAAAACUGUUAUAUUAAUAAUAAACUGUGACUUAUUUAAGAUCAAUUAUCUGCCUCAUUAAUUAUACUUGGCGUUACGCUGAAUGAUAA